ACAUUUUGUUCCCAACAUCACAUUUGGACAUCCGGUUGUAGAAUGUCUACGAAAGCAACUGGGAAAUGACCCGUUUUUUGACAUGCAUAUGAUGGUGGCUAAACCAGAGCAGUGGGUGAAACCCAUGUCAGCUGCUGGUGCUAACCAGUAUACCUUUCACCUGGAGGCUACAGAAAACCCUGGAAUUCUUAUUAAAGACAUACGAGAAAGUGGCAUGAAGGUGGGACUGGCAAUUAAACCAAAUACUACAGUGGAAGAUCUGGCACCAUGGGCAAGUCAGAUUGAUAUGGCUUUGGUUAUGACAGUGGAGCCUGGAUUUGGAGGGCAGAAGUUCAUGGAGGACAUGAUGCCAAAGGUACAAUGGUUAAGGUCACAGUUCCCUUCACUGGAUAUAGAGGUAGAUGGUGGUGUUGGACCAGAAAAUAUACACAGAUGUGCUGAGGCUGGAGCUAAUAUGAUUGUAUCUGGAAGUGCAGUUAUGAAAAGUGAUGACCCACGCACUGUGAUCAAUCUGCUUAGAAAUGCCUGCUGUGAAGCCAUUCAGAAGCGCUCCCUUGAUCGAUGAAAUCCUCCUUCUGGCCCUUAUCGGACCACUGUGAAACCAUUCACAUACCAAGAGCAGGCCCUGGGAAAUGGACUAGUGUGGCACAAUAUUGACCACCUUCAAAGUGCAGCUUUUCUUUGGCUAAAGACUGGAAGACAGAUGUGGUUGAAUUUUUUUUUUUUUUUUCUUGUGUAUCAAAUUUAUUUGCUACUGAAAAUGGCUAGAUUUAUUCUGUGGAGAGAAAAAAAAAGUUAAAGUGGGUCCAAACUCUGAGUUGUUGUACUGUCUUGAUCACUUCUUAAGAGACUCAUUCACUGGGAAAGUAUGUUUCACAUAAAAAUGGUUAUUGUACCUUA